UGCCAGAGAAGGUAUUUUUGUUUACUUUUGGAGCAGAACAAAGCGUUUACGCCAACCAUGUUGUGGCGAGGCCAUGUGACGGAGAGGGGAGGAUACGGGGUGCCAAACUCAGAGAAAAGCAGUCAGACAGACGAGUGAGAGUCGAGAUGGGAACGAGUGUGUGUGGGUGAGCCCGCUUUGAAGCUGCAGCCGGAGGAAUGAAAUGAAGGAGAAAGUCACAGCACAGUAAAGAAGGUGGUGGAACAAGAUCCAGGAUGAACGUGACGGAUGUAUACGAGAGGUUGACUAAGGCUGGAAAUGUUUCUGGCAACGGAACAAUUGACCUUAUGAAGAUCUCAAAACCCAUAAAUCAAGCCAUCAAUAUUUUGGUCAUCGUCAUCCUCUUGAUCACCAUGAUAUCCCUUGGCUGCAAGAUGGAGAUUUCUAAAAUUAAGGCCCACUUAAUCAAACCAAAGGGAGUGGCCAUCGCUCUGCUGGCCCAGUUCUGCAUCAUGCCCCUCACAGCUUUCAGCCUGGCCAAACUCCUGCAGAUGGAUCCCAUAAAGUCUGUGACCGUGCUCAUCUGUGGCUGCUGUCCAGGGGGAAGCCUAUCAAAUAUUUUUUCUCUGGCCAUGAAAGGCGACAUGAACCUCAGUAUUGUGAUGACCAGUUGCUCCUGCAUCGCUGCCCUGGGUCUGAUGCCUUUGCUGCUUUAUAUCUUCAGCCAAGGCUUCACUGGUCUGGAAAAUGCCGUACCAUAUGUGGGCAUCAUCACUGCCCUCACACUGACCCUGCUGCCUUGUGCUGUUGGGAUUAUCAUUAAUCACUACACACCAAAAUACUCGUCAACUGUGACAAAUGUCGGUCUCAGCCUCUUGAUCAUCUUCUCCAUCAUAGUUUCCAUCCUGUCCGCCCAAAUAGUCAAAGAUGUCAUAUGGAUGAUCCUCACACCAGAUAUUCUGUUGGUGGCUGCGCUGAUGCCAAUGAUUGGGUUCACGAUGGGAUACGUCAUGUCUGUAGUAUGCAGAGUCAGUCCACAAUGCAGCAGGACCAUCUCCAUGGAGACAGGGUGUCAAAACAUCCAGCUGUGCACCGCCAUCCUCAAGGUGGCCUUUCCCAUGCAUGUCAUCGGACCCAUGUUUCUCUUCCCCCUGUUGUACAUCAUGUUCCAGUGUGCCGAGGCCCUCCUCUUGGCCAUGUGCUUCAGAUGUUACCAAAGAGCCAAGCGACCAGCUGAGGAUACAAAAAUAUACAUGAAUGUUGACGGAGGUAAAGCAACCGUGGCAGCACCGUAAGACGACGGCUCAACGCUGAGAGGAUGAAGCCGUUCAGUGAUGCCAAUGACACGUGACUGAAAGACUGAAGAAGCAUACACCCUAUAACUACUAAUACGUUAACUCUUUCAGGAUUUUCAUAGUUUUAUUUAAUCACAUUAAGUAGUAUGCUAAGUAUUAAAUCGAUGGGUUUUAUUUAUAUAUUAAAUAUAUGAUGCCUAUUUUUACGGGUGGAGCCGAUUUGUAAUAAAUGUAACAAACUGUAAAUCAGAAUUUA